AUGACGCGGGUGUCCCAAGGCAGCCUGAUCAGGGCCAUCCGGUGGCUCGAGGUUAGUUGUGCAGCAGCCGGUCCUGGACAUGGACCCAGCUCGAAGCGAAGCUCGAGGAAGCCGUCAGUAAGAUCAGCGGCACAGAUCCAUCGUCUUCCUCACCAUGGGUGUACCACCACUGCCAAGCUCCUGCUCAUAUGCAUCCUAGCUGCCAUCAACUUGCUGGCCUCCGAUGCACUUCAGCUCGGGCCAACCGGCGGUUCGGCCAGCGCGAGCUGCAUAGCGCGGGAGCGGGACGCCCUGCUGUCCUUCAAGCGCGGCAUCACCAGCGACCCCAUGGGCGUCCUUGACUCUUGGCACAAGGAAGAAUGCUGCCAAUGGAGUGGCGUCAAGUGCAGCAACCGAACCGGCCAUGUCCUUAGGCUUCAUCUUCGUAAUCUGCAUGUGGACACGGUCCCGCUCAAUGGAUUGAGCAUCGCUGGAUACUACAGAGACACAGCUUUGGUUGGCCAGAUAAGUAAUUCUUUGCUCUCCAUGGAUCGUCUUGUGCACCUUGAUCUUAUUAUGAAUUAUCUCGAGGGCCCAAGUGGCCGUAUGCCGCAGUUCUUGGCCUCUGUGACGAGAUUGAGAUAUCUCAACCUCUCCGGCGUACCAUUUUCUGGCAGAGUGCCCCCUCAGCUCGGCAACCUCUCAAAUUUGCAGCAUCUUGACCUCUCAAGGAAUGAUCGUAUGUACUCAAAAGAUAUUUCAUGGGUAGCACGCAUCCCUAAUUUGCAGUCUCUUGGAAUGAAUGGGGUAAACCUCAGCACAAUAGUUGAUUGGCCUUAUGUCGUCAACAUGGUCCCUUCUUUGAAGGCCCUCGAUCUUGGGGGUUGCUCUCUUCAAAUCGCAAAUCAUUCACUCCCACAUAUUAACCUCACCAAACUGGAGAAGCUUGAUCUCUCCGGCAACAGUUUUGCCCACCCAAUGGCAAGGAGUUGGUUUUGGAGUUUGACAGGCCUCCGACAUCUUUACCUUGCCGACACUCAACUAUACGGUCAAGCUCCUGAUGCACUGGCACAUAUGACAUCCCUCCAAGUCCUUGAUUUGUCAGUUAAUAAUAACAUGGUGAUGAUGAAUACAAGCUUCAGAAACCUAUGCAAUCUGAGAAUCCUGGACCUUUCUUCUUGUAGAAUUAAUGGAAAUAUAAAGGAUAUUAUAGGGAGGAUGCCCCAAUGUCCCUUGAACAAACUACAGGAGUUACGUUUGCGCUACACCAAUAUUACCGGAAUCAUGCCGGAUCAGACAGCACAUUUGACCAGCUUAUCCAUUCUUGACAUCUCUUAUAACAACCUAAGUGGACACAUACCACGAGGGGUUGGGCUGCUCUCUAGUUUAAGCAUCCUUGAUCUCUCUAACAACAAUCUCAAUGGACCUGUGCCAUCUGAGAUCGGCAUGCUCGGCAAUUUGACCUUUAUGGAUCUCAGCAGGAACAACUUGAUUGGUGACUUCACUGAAGAACAUUUCACAAGUCUAACGAGGCUAAAGGUGUUGCGUUUAGGUCGGAAUUCUUUGAGACUUACAUUUGGCCUCGAUUGGAUACCACCCUUUAGUUUAGAAGUCGCAGAUCUUGGCUCUUCCCAACUGGGCCCUUCGUUUCCUGCAUGGCUUCAGUCUCAAGUGGACAUUUGGCUGAUGGAUAUAUCUAGCACAGUUAUAGUUGAUAGGCUUCCUGACUGGUUCAACACGACAUUUGCAAAGGUCAGAUAUCUAGACAUCUCCAACAAUGAAAUAAGUGGCAGGUUGCCAAGAAACAUGGAAUUCAUGUCAAUGGAAAAUUUCUUUAUCAAUUCAAAUAAACUAACCGGUGAAAUCCCCAACUUACCAAGAAAUAUUACCACCUUGGACUUGUCUGGAAACUCUUUAUCCGGAAAUUUGCCAUCAAACAUUGGGAUUACAUAUUUGAGUUCAUUAUGGCUACGCUCCAAUCAAAUAACUGGCCGUAUUCCUAAAUCUCUCUGCAAAGUGGAAGCCUUGAACUCCUUGGACUUAAGCAACAAUCUUUUGGAGGGACAACUUCCUCAGUGUUUUGGGGUGAUGGACAUUGGCUUUCUCAUGUUGAGUAACAAUAGAUUCUCUGGCAACUUCCCAUCGUUUCUAAAAAGAUUGAGACAAUUGAAGUCUCUAGAUCUAUCACAUAAUAGUUUUUCCGGAAGGUUGCCAUUGUGGAUUGGAGAGUUGGCUGAAUUAAGAUUUCUGGGGCUAAACCAUAAUACAUUUUCUGGAGAAAUCCCACCUACCAUCUCAAAUCUUAGUCACCUUCGCCAUCUGAACCUAGCAGGCAAUGGCUUAUCAGGUGCCAUACCGUGGCAUAUGUCAAAUAUCACGGCCAUGAUAGGAAUGGACAAAAGCAAUUAUGAGAAUGAGCUAUUUUUUGACGGUUACUUGGGUACGUUCCAUACACUUGAUUUUUCCUCUGCGGUCAUCAAGGGACGAGAACUUAAUUAUAGUUCUGGCAUUUGGGAUUUGGUGAGCAUUGACCUAUCUUUCAACCAAUUAACUGGGGUAAUACCAGAAGAAAUAGCUGCUCUUGAUGCAUUGAUAAACUUGAAUCUAUCAUGGAACCAAUUGAGUGGGAAAAUCCCAAAUAAGAUUGGGGCCUUGCAGGCAUUGGAAUCACUUGACCUCUCAAGGAGCAUGCUUUCUGGCGGAAUCCCUUCGAGCCUAUCAGAUAUAACCUAUUUGAGCUACUUGGACCUGUCUGAUAACAAUCUAACAGGGAGAAUACCAUCAGGACGUCAGCUUGACACCCUCUACACACAGCAACCUUCCAUGUACAGCGGCAACAGUGGUCUUUGUGGGUUUCCUCUUCCAAUCAGUUGCCCGGGAAAGAAUGCAACAAGGAAAGAUGAUCAAAAAAGGAAUGAACAUUCCUUUGAGCCAAUGACCUUUUAUUUUGGACUUGCUCUGGGAUUUAUUCUGUGUCUCUGGGUGGUGUUUUGCAUCUUGUUGUUUAAGAAAGCAUGGAGAACUGCUUAUUUCUGCAUGGUUGACAAGACAUAUGAUCAGAUGUAUGUGUUUUCCGUUCUUACAUGGAAAAGCUGGGCUAGAAAGUGAACUACAAAUUGAGUAAGAGCUCUGAAGAAGCAUGAAGCAGCAUAUUAGGCUGGGAUUUGUAUUUCCUUGAAGUUAAUGUAAAGGAUAUUGAUGAUUUGUAAUUGUCUAUGCGUGUAUGAUAAUACUUUUGAGCUUCUGUAUUUGCUACUGUUCAGAUGUUUUGCUAAUUGUUUGUGUAUGAUAAUACUUU